CAAAGCUCGAGCUUUCUGACAAUUGAAUCAUCGUCCAAUUCUUGCAGCUGAGGGCAAACAAUAAGAAGAUGCCAGUGUCCUCACGUUCUUCGGAAAAUGUUUCGUAUUUCGCGAGUUUCGGCGUCCAGAUCGAACAAUAGGACCCCUUGCGUCGAUCUGGCGUUACUUUUUCCGUCGUGCAGCCCAAAACGACGGGGAAAGGUUGAGGAAUCAUCUCAAAUGGCCAUGAAUACUGUCUGGUCCCUGUCCCACAGUCAAUAAAUUGUUUUGGCUUUAUCCCGAGAUAAGAUGAUGUGGAUCGAUCUCCUGGUUCAAGCCUCAAGCACUUCGUCUGGGAAUAAGGAAGGCUUGGCAGCAAUUCAUCUCGUCAUUCUUACUUAGUUGCUGUCUCCAAGUUUCCCCUCUUACAAGAAUCAUAUCCAGACGUUGAAUAUUUAACUUUCCCACCGUCAUCAGAAUGAGCGCAGCCGAACCAUCCUACUUAUAUAAACUUAUCCCAUCUACCGCCCCUGUGCGGGAGCCUCUUCCGGAUCAGCUCCCGGUCAGUGAAAUCGACCUGAAGUCUGGGUUUGUGCACCUUUCAACAGCGCUUCAAGUGCCCAACACUUUGAAAAUCUUCUUCAAAGAUGAACCUCUCGUUUAUGUGCUGAGGAUCCCGUAUGGCCGCGUAGCACGGGACAUCCGUUUUGAAGACCCCGAAGGUCGUGUUUGUGGGCCGCGGCCAGAAGAGGGCUUAUUUCCUGUAAGCCUGGGAAAUGCGGCUUCGAUUACAUCAAAAAUUAACCUAGCCUAGCAUCUUUACAAUGGUCUCAAGUUGGGUAAGGAUGAAGUGGAAAGUAUGAGCGUAUGGACCAACGAGGAAGGAUGGGACAAGCCGCUUGCUGCAGCAAAGCCAUGGCUCAGGUACUGAGGAUGGCCUUGUUUCUGCUGAUGUCGUUCAGUUUAUGUCGUGACGGCCGUGGCCGUUGUCAUGGCCUCCUUUGUAUCGUUGCUUCAGCUUAUCCAGUAUUUAGCAUCCUCAGUGUUUCGGUUUAAAGUGACCCAAUAUGAAUUGGAAAUACAUCCGUGGAAUGACAGGCUCCCGUGUACCUCUCUCAAUAUUUCUUCUGGGGCCUUACACAAAGACACUCAUGUCGCACUAUGCAUUCUGCUGACAGUAUACUUAAAUUUGCGCCCCUGUGCCUGUGGACCUCGUGCCUCGGAACAGCGACGGAAAACAGCUCGUCUCCAGACCUUUACCACCCCAUAUAACUGUUUUGUAUGAA